CCAUGGCUAGUCUGGCCGAUUUUCUUCUCAACUCGCGCGCACUAACACCUGACCAGAGGUCCCUCGUCCAACUGCUCCUCUCCUCCGCUGAAAGCCUCUCCCAAACCCUCGCCCGCCUCCUCAAGUCUCCCGAGGCUGACCCCGAGGCUGUUCCCGAAUCUGACGACGAGGAUGACGAGCCGCCGAGGCUGGAGCUUCGGGAAACGGACCUGCACCGAGAGGUUAGGGAGUGCGUUCGGCUGAUGGACGUGCACGCCAAGGAGAAGGGCCUGGCCUUGCUGUGCGGAAUCGACUCCGCCGUGCCGCAGUUCAUCCUCUCAGACGGCCCUGCCAUCCGCCAGGUUCUGCACAACCUCAUCUUCAACGCCGUGCAGCACACCGACAGGUGGGUGAAUGGUGCAUGUGUUUGUGCUGCUGGUUGUGGUGUUGGCCCUAGCACUGCUCCUGGUACUGAUUGGCGCCUCAAUAGACAGCUCACGCAGUUCAUCCUCUCUGACGGCCCUGCCAUCCGCCAAGUGCUCCACAACCUCAUCUUCAACGCCGUGCAGCACACCGACAGGUGGGUGGAAGGUGCUAUACAAGGAAGCGAAGGAGCACCGCGUGAAGCAACGCCGCAAGGACAGCACUUCCGUAGCCACCUUCCUGGAGAGGCACCAAUUACCUACUCUUUUCUGCAUCCCCUAUCCUCUCACCACUCAAAUGCCAUUCCUGCUCUCCUCAGGGGUGACGUGACAGUGUCAGUGCGCCUGGCAUCAGACAAGGAGGCAGAGGAGCAUCGGGUGAAGCAACGCCGCAAGGACAGCGCCGCGGUAGCCACCUUCCUGGAGAGCGAGAGCCACUACUUACCCGCACUCCCGUCCAUCCCUCUCCCUCUCACCUCUCAAAUACCCACACCCUCCCUCAGGGGUGACGUGACUGUUUCAGUGCGCCUGGCAUCAGACAAGGAGGCAGAGGAGCAUCGGGUGAAGCAACGCCGCAAGGACAGCGCCGCGGUAGCCACCUUCCUGGAGAGCGAGAGCCACUACUUACCCGCACUCCCGUCCAUCCCUCUCCCUCUCACCUCUCAAAUACCCACACCCUCCCUCAGGGGUGACGUGACUGUUUCAGUGCGCCUGGCAUCAGACAAGGAGGCAGAGGAGCAUCGGGUGAAGCAACGCCGCAAAGACAGCGCUGCCGUAGCCACCUUCCUGGAGAGACGCAGCAGCAGCACUCGCAGGGGAGGCGUGGGUAUGGGCGGAGGGGUAGCAGGGGAGGAUGGUGCAGGGCGGGAGGGCGAGGCAGGGUCGGUGCUUCUGCGAUUUGAAGUGCGGGACACGGGCAACGGGAUAAACGCAGAGCUACUUGCUGCCCUCGUGCAAGAGCUGGAAAAGAGCAAGCCAUCCCCAUCGUCCCUCGCCUCGUUCCUCCUGGGUCGCCCCUUCGCCACCACGGGCCUCGGCACAGUGCAUGCCCUCAUCUCCCACGCCCUCAUCCCCGCUCCUGGCACCGCUGCCGCCGCCGCUCUUGCCGCCAUCGCACCAUCGAUCGCAGGAGGAGCAGCCGGGGGAGGGGGAGGCGGAGCAGGGGCAGGCGGGGGGGCAGGAGGGGGGCUGGGGACAUUCAGCAGGUCGAGUAGUUAUUCGAGUGCGGCGGGGGUGGGGGUGGUGGGCGGGUGGGGAGCAGGAGCGGUGCAGUUGCAGAGCGAGGUGGGGAGGGGCACUUCUGUGGUUUGUUUCCUGCCAGUGCCGCUCGCGUCGUGCCAGAAUAUCACUCCUGAGGACCUCAAUCCGCACCAACCUCUCGACAUGGACGUGUGGACAGAGCUGCCUAAUGCGCGAAUACUCAUUGUCGAUGCCAACGACAUGCAUCGUCAGAUGGCGCUCUCUAUGCUUCGCUCGACGGGCGUCUCCUUUGACGUUGCCAGCUCCUCACAGGAAGCGCUCUCGCUCUUUGAACGCCGGCCCUUCGACCUCGUGCUACUGGACUGCUACCUGAACGGCCCAGUUGAUGGCUUCGCCACAGCCACUCUCCUGCGCCAACUAGAGGUUGACAUCGCCCUGAAGAAACACCUGCGCAGGAGCAGCAGCAACCGGAGCAACAGCAGCAGAAGCCCCUCCGCUGCCGCCGCUGCUGCUGCAGAGGGCCCAGGGACGGUGGUGGCGCGGGCGUGCAUUGUGGCGCUUACUCCAGGGACAGGGAACGAUGAGGAGGAGGAGGAGCGGUGCACGGCUGCUGGCAUGGACUAUUUCAUCCCCAAGCCGCUCCGACUGAGGGACCUGCACAUGGUCAUCAGGCAUCGACUGGAGGUGCUAGCUCCUUAUGUGCUUCCAGGGCACGCAGCUUCCCUUGUCCUCCUGGAAGCAGCCCCGUCCUCCUCUGACGAUUCUGAUGAUGAGGAUGACGAUGAUGCUGAUCAUAGUAACGGAUAUGGCAAAAACGAGGACAGCAGCACUGCCAGCAACUUGCAGGCGUGGAUGAACCACCUGGGCAGUGCGGCGGCACCUGAAGCGGCACCUGACGGGGCACCUGGGUUUUCACCUGGAGCGGCGGCAGCGGCGGCAGUGUCCGCAGCGGCGGCAGCAGGGGAUUAUGAAGCGCAGAGGUUACUGAUGGCUAGUGCUAUGCAGUCUCUUCCCCCUGACCUUGCUGGGGCCCUGCAGGACAUAGCAGGAGUUCUCUGGGAACUGGGCAGGCGAGAGGAGGAGAUAGAGGAGGAGGAGGAGACAGGGGGGGGCCUGGCCGGAGGAGGGAGAGGAGGAGGGGGGUUAGGCAUGGGAGGAGGUAUGGGAGGGGCAGAGCAGCAGGGAGGGGAGAUGCGAGGGAUGACAAUGCAGGAGAUUUGGGCGCAGGUGUCGGCUCGAGAGCGACUAGAGGGCACACGUGGGGGCAAUGAGGGGUGCAGCGAUGAUGAGGGUGGGGGCAUGGGCGCGAGUGCGGGGGCAAGGGGAGGAAAGACGGAAAGGGAUGAUGAGAGUGAGGAAGAGGAUGAGGAUGAUGAGGACGAGGAGGAGGAAGCGGCACGGCAAGCCAUGUUUGGAAUGGCCAAGUCAAAAACGUACACCUCCCGCCAGUACCAGCAGCAGUUGCUUCUAGAGGAUCUAGAGGAGCAGCAGCGGAAAGGGCAGCAGUUGGGGGGCCAGCAGCAGGGGCGCGGGCACUUAGAUGUGGGUGCCAGUGGGUUUGGAGGGAGUACCAGUGGGUUCGGAGGGGGUAUGGCCGCACCCCUCUCCCCCCACAUGCAGGCCUUUCAGGCUGCCCAACUUGGGCUGUUCGGGCAGUUCGGGCAGAUGGAUUUUUUCCAAGCUGCCCCAUCAGGUCCCGAAGCUGCAGCAGCAGCUGCCCUGGCAGCCACAUGGCCCAAAGCCAAUGGCGGCGCAGCAGCAAUGGAUGCUGGCGGGUCGUCGCAGGGUCGCAAUCGUCGCGCAGCUAUGCUCCCAGUGGUGUUCGCCCUCGGGAUUGUCGCAUUGUCGUCGGCGCUCUUGUAUCUGCAGGAAGCCGGCUCGCUUGGGAGGGGAGGAGGCAGCAACGCCGCUUGCGCCGUUUGGGAUGAUAAGGUGGUGCCUCUGGAAGAGCAAAUGGCGCAUCUAGACCAACAGCUCGCGGCCCUCACAGAGAGCAUCAGAGCUCACCAGCAGGCGUUGCUGGAUAAGGAGCAGUUACCGUCAGCUGCCACAGAUGCUGACGGGGCUGGUGCUGGCGCUGACGUGGCGUUUGGCGAUGCUGACCUGGCACGGCCGGCGCGGCGAGUGGCUCUUGACUUGGUUGAGAUCAUCGGCAAGACGCACAUGGAUGCCCCUCGUCUGAAGGAGAUGAUAGAGCCGAUGGCGAAGCGCGUGGGCAAGUGGGUGCAGGACAAGGUGCAGGACGCAUGCCAGCCCUGCCGCCCCUGCAACUCCACCAUCGUGCUCGUGGGCAAGCCCUGUCGGGUUAACGCCUUCCCCACAACGUGUCAAAGGAGGCUAUCCCCUGCUGAGGUGGAUGAUGACGAGGACUUGGAAGGGCCGAGCGACGACAGGGUGGAGGGGGAGGGGGAGGUGGGGGGAGCAACAAGGAGGAGGAGUUUAUUGGGGUGGAGUGGGGAGGACUUGGAAGGGCCGGAUGACGACAGGGUAGAAGGGGAGGGACGGGACGAGGAGCGGGGAGCAGGAAGGAGGAGUUUGUUGGGUUGGAGUGGGGAGGAUUUGGAAUGGCCGAGUGACGAUAGGGGCAAGGCGGGCAAGGGAGCAAGGGAAGGCGAGAGUGUGUGCAAGCGGGUGUCUCCUCUGCACGCCAUCCUAGCAGCAGAGUCAGUGGGGGAGAGGCGGCGGUUGGUGAAGGAGCAGGAGGAGAGGGAGAGGAAGCGGCCGCUGUGUCGGGAUGGCACGGCUGCAGGGUACUGGAAGGACUACAGCACGUGGGAGCCAUAUGCCUGCCGCUACAGGGAAUAUACCAAGAAGGAGGUGCGGGCGUGCCUGCGUCACAAGUGGGUGCACUUCUUUGGCGAUUCCACCACGCGCCACCUCGCGGCCGAGUUCUCCCGCUUAGCAGGCGUGCAGCGGCGGGCGUGGGACUCUGAUAAGAACCGCACGGCCCUCAUGGACACGGGGGAUGGGGAUGAGAACUCCCCGUUACCGAGGAUCACUUAUCUCUUUAGAGGGAAGAUGGCGCACCAGCGGCACCCCAUUGCAGGGGUGCCCCCGGAAAGAGACUUAAACAACGACUUCCUAGAGGCCUUCAGAGACUCUAACGUGAAGCAACCAGACACCAUGGUGAUGAGCAUCGGGGCGCACGAGGUGAUUGGGUGGACGAGGCGACCCCCGCCGGACCUGGACUUGCGCACGUUCAAGCGCGACACGGAGGAGGCGAUUGCACUGCUCAAUAGCACCUUCACCCGCGGGCAGCUGGUCUGGUGGAAGGCCCACUACAUCUGGCCAGGGAAAGUUGUAGGGCAGGAUUAUUUCACGGUGCGCACUUUCCACGAGCUAUACCAAGCAUAUGCAUUCCGGCGCAUGGCCCAACAGGGGUACACCAUGAUGGAUCUUUACCAGACGACUAAGGACAGAUACGACCAAGUCUUUAGAGGGGAUGGAGCGCACUAUGUAGGCCUGUGCUUGAAGCUUCACGUUCAGAUUCUGGCCAAUACCCUUUGCAACCAUUUGCACAAGUCGUA